AUGGCUCUGAGAGACUCCAGCCGGCAGCGGCCGGGCUCCUCUAAGGGAGCUAGCCCCUUGGGUAAGGGGAGACGGGUGCGCCUGGACUUGCAUAACGAGAAGGAGGAGCUGCAGGAGCUCAAUGACCGGCUUGCCACUUACAUCGGGCGGAACCACUCCCGGGAGGAUGAGGAGGCGGCGCAGCUGGCCAGGCUCAGAGAGCAGCAGGAGGCAGACAGCUCCCAUCACCGCAGCAUCAGCGCCCGCUUGGGGUCUGAGCUGAGCGAAGCCCGGUGCCGGCUGAACCGCACGGCCAAAGAGCAGGCUCGGCUGGAGCUGGAGGUAACCCGGCUCGCUGAGGAGCUCCGCGACCUGCGGGAGAGAAAUGGGAAAAAGGAAUUCGAGUUGAAAGGUGCUUUGGCCCGAGUGACUGUUUUGGAAACUUGCCUGAAGUCCAAAGAAGUUCAACUGGCGACAACGCUAAGCGAGAAUGCAACCUUGGAGAAUGAGCUCACCGAAGUCAAAGCUGAGCUCACAAACGUUAAGUCAAUUGCCAGCGACGCUAAAGCACAGCUCCAAGAUGAAAAGUUACAAAACUGGGACUUGGCGCACAGAGCACGGACAUUGCAGGAAAAGCUGGAUUUUCAGAAAAGCUUACGUGAGAAGGAAAUCAUGGGAAUCAAGAGGCAUUAUGAAAUUAAACUCAAAGAAAUCGAGGCUGGUAGUCAAAAGGAAUGUGGGAGCAAACUCGCUGAGGCACUUCAGCAGCUAAGGCAUGAUCAAUAUGAACAGAUUAAACAGUACAAGGAGCAACUGGAAGGGAACUUUGAUGCCAAGCUCAAGAAUGCCCAGCUGGCUGCUGCAAAAAGCAAUGAAUUUGCUAAAGCUGCAAAGGAAGAAUUGGCAGAAGCAAAAAUGAGGAUAGACGAUAUAACAUCAGAGCUUCUUCAAUGUCGCAAUAAGAUUUCUACUCUGAGCGCUAAGAAUCAGGAUUUGGAGAAAGCAUUAGAUCGUGAGAAGACAGUUAGCCAGCAUCAGCUGGCGCUCAAGGAGCAAGAAGUUGCUGAAAUUCGUGAGAAAUUGCAGGUUCAGAUGGAGGAAUUAGGUGAAUGUUUGGGUUUGAAAUUGCCUUUGGACAUGGAAAUAAAUGCUUAUAGGAAGAUGCUGGAGGGAGAGGAGCGAAGAUUUGAUAUGACUCCUACUCCAGUUUCACGUAGACUGGUCCUCACCUCAGGUGACCCAAAAUUCCGAGGAACAAAGCGAAGAUUGAUCGAACCAAAGGUUGCUAGCCGUCUUUACGGAACACGUGAACAUGUGUUUUCCACCGGGCAACUUAUCUUAGAAGAAAUUGACAAUGAAGGAAAAUUUAUCAAAAUAAAGAAUAUUUCUGAUAAGGAUCAGCCAUUAGGUGGAUGGACAAUAAGGAGAGAAUUUCCGAAUUUGACCCAGCUUACUUACAAAUUUCCUGCACGUUUUACACUUAAAUCUAAGCAAGUUGUAACAAUCUGGGCUGAAGGUUCUGAUGUCGUCCUGGUGUGGAGGGGCCAGAAAUCGUGGGGAACAAGAGAUGAUAAAGAGGUAGUUCUCCUCAAUGCUAAUGGAGAGGAGAUGGCUUCAUGGGCUAGUGUGCAAAUACCUGGAAUAUUGGGAAGUGAAUCUAGAGACCAGGAUGAUGAAGAUGGCGUUGAGGGCAGCAGGCAAACUGAAUAUUAUCCAAAGGGCCGUGCUGAGAAUGAAGAUCCAAGUUGCAGUUUAAUAUCCAAGAGAAAUGGAUUCUUCUAAAUAACUGUUCCUUCUGAGAGAUGCUCUCUGUAAUUGUAUGUUUUUGCCAAAUUGCUGAUUU